AUGUCUUCUCACCCAGCGCUCUACACGCAAUUUUCCUACCACGACAACGACGAGAUGCUCCAGCAGCGAGAUGCGAGGCUACGAGCAACCCUCAUUCGGGAGUCAGCCAAGGCGAUACCGGCAGAAGAGCGAGGAGUGACCGAAUGGACCGGUGUCAAGCUUGAGCACCUUCCAACCUCAACACAGCUGAUGUCUGAGGAGCACGACUCGGAGACUAUUUUCCAGGACGCACUUGUAGCCCGUACCUAUCACGACGUCCUCCUUCCGAACAAAGAGCCACAAGACUCGACUAUUCCUACCGAUGACACAAUCCUCCGCGCACAUGUAAAGGUUCUCUUCAAAGCGUUCAAGUCGGUCCCGGAAGAUGCGGAAGAGGGCGAUGAGGAGGCAGACAAGACAAAGCGACCAUUCGUCAAUCAGGUCCAUGACAACCAUCUUGCCGAAUCACUCUGCUGGAAGAUACUUGAGACUUGUAUCUACCGCUCGAAGAAAGACCAGAACCUCGUGGAAGCAUGGGAGCCGGGCAAGAUGAAGGGCAAGAAGACUAACUUUACCUUUGCCGAGCGCUUCGAUAAGGUCGUCCAAACCAUGGCAGAGUCCAAGUCCAUCUGCAAGCACCUCUUUGACGUCGAUUACAUGUACAAGAUCAUCGACGAUCCAGUCACCGCUAUCAAGAGAGUCAUCGCAAACAAGAGACUGAAUGGCAAAAAGGCUGAGCUCAUGAAACUGGGAAAAGGGGUCUCGGAAGAAGAUGGGAAGAAGACAUCUAAACGCGUGUUCGAGCACGACGAGGAGGAUGAAAUUGCUUCUGAUGGUCGUCCUGCGAAGAUUCGUCGCCGUGCUGUUGCGAGCUCUUCAGCAAUCGGUCAAGCACAAUCCGGGUUUGGUCAUACCGCAUACUCACAAUCUCAUUCAAUCAGUCCAGCCAGCUACGCUCCACCAAUGCAGGGCAUCCCUCGAAGCGAUCCAGGCAACUAUUACAACAUCACACCGCCGCGUCAGAGAUCUGAACAUCAAAGCCUGAGCAUGCCGACUUCCUAUCCUGCUCAGACACAAACUCCAUCAUCUCGAGGCCUCGGAAUCUCUGGUUUCGAUGCACCUCGUAUGGCAACACAGUCAGCCCGACAAGUCCAACAACCAUUGGCAAGCUAUUCGUCUGGGUAUGCCGGUCUUUCCGCUUACGUACCUCCACAUCAGCCCCAGUCUCACACACGAUCCACACCAUCUUUGACUGCUUCGGGUAGCAGUACACCGUCCAACCACGGCGCAAUGCAACAAUGGCCCAUUGCAGCUCAAGCAGCCAGCAGCCCCCGUCCUUACUACCAGGGAACCGGUAUGAAUACAAAUCCUCAAGAGACUGGUGAGUUCCUCAAGGUGGAAAACGACAAUCAGCAAGUGUGGACUGCUCCAGCCAUCUCUACUCCACACCAUGCCGGACUCGGAUGGGCGGAUUAUCAGAAAGGUGAUGGUGACGAUACGCAACAAUUCAAUGAUGAUGGAUACAACUACGCGGUACUUGCAGAGGAAACGAAUGGUCCUGGAUACACAGAGGACCAGCCAUGA